AUGCUCACGCAAGCUCUAACAAACAAAGGCAGCUAUGACCAGGAUAAUACAAACUCGAAAACAUCCAUGGAUGAAUCUAGCCUUGCGGAAAACAACAUGUUACAGUGUGGAGCAGACCCAGACGAGCAUGGUCAUGGACAUUUCUUUAUCAAGAAGACAUUUCACAAACCAACAUACUGUCAUCACUGUACAGACAUGCUCUGGGGACUCAUUGGUCAAGGCUUUGUUUGUGAAGUCUGUAACUUCGUGGUACAUGAACGCUGUCUGAAGACAGUUGUCUCCCCUUGUUCCAGCAUUGCUACCAAUCUUAUCAAGAAUCCUGUUGCCCACUGUUGGUCAGAGCCAAGUCACUUCAAACGCAAGUUCUGCAAUGUGUGUCGCAAGCGCCUGGAAGACAGCCUCGCCAUAAGAUGUGAAUUAUGUGAGUAUUAUGCUCAUUUGGACUGCCAGGACUUUGUAGUCAGUGACUGUAAGGAAUGUGCAACCUAUGUACCACACAAGGAGCUGGUAAAUGUUGUCCAGUAUCAUCAGUGGAGGGAGGGAAACCUGCCAGCCAACUCCAAAUGUGUGGCCUGCAAGAAAACAUGCUGGUCAGCAGAAUGCCUGGCAGGCAUGCGCUGUGAGUGGUGUGGGGUUACGGCCCAUGGAGGCUGUUACAAAAGUCUGCCAGUGGAGUGUAACUUUGGGAGCCUGAGGAAAAUCAUGCUUCCUCCCAGUUGUCUGACCAUUCCUAGAAUGGACAUCAGCAUGGAGACUAUUCUUGGCUUUAACAAGAAGGGUGAUUCUGUUCCAGUGAGAACUGUUUCUGAGGAAUGGCCAUCCAGUGGCGAAUCAAAGAAUGAUGAUGAAGAGAAAGAACGUCGCUCCCCACGAGAAAAGGAGAGUAGGGAUAAAGAGAGGGACCCAGAAUCUGAGAUCAUUCGAGUGUUUGAUGGGAAUUCCUCCAUGAGGAAAAGGAUGUACCGCACAAUAUCUGUCGCAAAGAAUGCCCCAGCUCAGGCCAUCCUGGAAGCUGCCCUCAAAACAUUCCACAUAUCUGAUGAUCCCAAGAAUUACUAUGUGUCAGAAGCUUCUGAGUUUGCCCUGCAUGUUUCAGGUGAGCGAGAACUGGAGGAAAAUAGUCCUAUCAGGCAACAACUCAAGACACCAGAUGGCAAACGCCCGUCUAUCUUCCUGAGAUACAAGGAUAGAGACCCAGAAAAAGGGCAUCUGAAGAUCUAUCCAGGUGGCCUGAGGGUGUCUGCUCCGUACAAGAUUGUAGAAGUGACAAAAGACACCACAGCAGAAGAAGUUAUCAAAAUUGCUCUCAGAAAAUUUGGACUUCAUGAUGCCUAUCCAGAAAAUUUCAGUCUGAUUGAAGUUCUCUUGGACAAAGGAGUCUCUGAGAAACACUUGGAAAAAUCAGAAAAACCAUGGCAACUUAUACAACAAAGUAGGAAGGAUUCGCUGAGACAGAACCGUAUGACGCGAUUCUAUCUACAACAGAGAGAAGACCCUCACGGACCUGCCAUAUCCAUGUUUGUGGGGAACCUUCCAACUGGACUGUCACAGCGUCAGUAUGAGAAGAUCCUACUGGACAUAGUGGGGAAGGGAAAUAAAUGGAACCAGUUUGAUGUGAUUUACUAUGAGUAUGGAGCUCUGGUCCUGGUGUACACCAACUCAGAAAAGGCUUCACGCGUGUUUAAUAUUCUACAGGAUUCUGUAUUUGAUGAAAAGCCACUUCUUGUGUUACUACUUCCUAACAUUCAGUCACACAUGAUCCCGGAGAACUUCAACCCUCUGCUCGUCUUCGUUAAUGUAAAGAGUGGUGGUUGUCAGGGCCUAGAACUCAUUACUUCCUUUCGCAAACUUUUAAAUCCUCACCAAGUUUUUAAUCUGGAGACUGGUGGUCCAUUACCUGGGCUGUAUGUAUUCCGUAAUAUACCUUACUACAAAAUCCUGGCCUGUGGAGGUGACGGUACAGUGGGCUGGGCCCUGUCUUGUCUGGAUAAUGUGGGACAGGAUGCUGUGUGUCAGUCACCACCCUUGGCCAUUGUACCCUUGGGCACAGGCAAUGAUCUAGCCCGUGUGCUGCGAUGGGGGCCAGGUUAUACAGGGGGCGAGGACCCACUUAACCUCCUCAGGGAUGUUAUCGAUGCUGAGGAGAUUAAGCUUGACAGAUGGACAGUGAUUUUUCACCCGAAUGAGAAAGAGCAGAAUGACACGAGAGUGGCUAUAGCUAAUGAUACCAACUCUGCAAACACAAAUGAAGACACGACAACCAUCUUUGUGAUGAACAAUUACUUUGGUAUCGGGAUUGAUGCGGACCUCUGUCUUGACUUCCACAUUGCACGCGAAGAGAAACCAGACAAAUUCAAUAGCAGAUUACAUAAUAAGGGAAUGUAUUUGAAAAUUGGUUUACGGAAGAUGGUUAACAGAAAGGCUUGUAAAGAUCUACAUCGUCAUAUGAGACUGGAGGUGGAUGGUAAGCCAGUGGAGCUGCCUCCAGUGGAGGGAAUCAUUAUACUCAAUAUACUCAGUUGGGGGUCAGGAUCCAAUCCUUGGGGCCCUGAGAGAGAAGACCAUUUUUCUAAACCAAACCAUUAUGAUGGUAAUCUUGAAGUGGUGGGAGUCACAGGCGUAGUACACAUGGGGCAGAUACAGGGUGGCCUACGCUCGGGGAUACGCAUUGCACAGGGGGGACACUUACGGAUAACAUUGCUAGCAGACAUACCGGUCCAAGUUGAUGGUGAACCCUGGGUUCAGCCAGCCGGCCAAGUUGUAGUACUUCGAUCAGCAUUAAAGGCAACAAUGUUGAAAAAAAGCAAAAAUAAGAUAAAACGGCGAAACACAGAACCCAGUAUAUUUUUCCCUGAUAAUGAACAACUACGAUUACAGUCGCCAACAGAGGAGAAUGAGCCACUUUAAUUCAUGUGUUGUUUUACCCUAUAGACACGGAACUAGUGAUAGACAGGGGAACUGAGGACCAACUCUGGGGAG